CUAAAUCAGCAUGUUUGGAAGGAGGAAGAGGAGGAGGAGGAAGAUCUCUCUGAGCAGCAGCUUUGGACCCAACAGAACUACUCUGUUCUGGACCAGGAGGAACUCAGAUGUCCAGGGGCUGAUGGGAGCUUUGGUUCCUCUGCUAGAAACCACGUGGCCCUGGUCUGAUCUCUCAGCUCGUCCUUGUUUGGCCUCAGCUGCAUCAGAGCGCCACUUCUCCCCAGGUUCACCAGAGGAAACUCCACUGCACACAAUGCUUUUCCUCCCAGCUGCUGCUCUGUGCUGGCUGGGUUCAGCGCUGGCUGCCAUGGCAACACAGCUGGUUCAGGAUUUAACUCUGACCAGGAGAACCGGGCAGAGCGUCUCCUUCAGCUGUGGAGGAACUGGGCAGUGUGGUGGUGGUUAUGUUUACUGGUACCAGAAGAAAGAAACUGAAACCUUCAGAGUGAUAUUUGAUAUCAAUAGGAGUAAUGGUAAAAUUGAUAAAAGUUAUUCAAGUCAUCCUCAGAUCAAUGAUUUUUCAGCUGAACAAACUCAGAAAGGCUGGGAGAUGAAGAUUGAAAACGUUAAACUGGAUCAUUCAGCCUCCUACUACUGCGGCUGUGUGAAGUCUGGUUCCCACAGUGAGAAAUGCUGCAUCAUCUGGACCGGUUCCCCUCAGCCGACCCGUUCAGCAGCAGACUGGUUUCUGUGGAGGAUACUGGUACUGUUUGGUUCUGGAACCAGACUGGAUGGAAUCGGUAGAGCAGUGAAGAAACCCGAGGUGACUGUGUGUCCGGUGAAAACAGAAGGCCGUGUGGAGGGAGACACGGCUCUGAUGUGUCUGGCCUCGGCCAUGUAUCCUCCUCUGGUCCGGAUCUCCUGGAAAAGACAGAAGGGCAGCAAGGAGGAGCCGGCCCCCGCUGAGGAGAAACAGCAGGAGCUCAGCGGGUCAAAAAGUUCUGCCGUCAUCAGGCUGGUUAAAAACGAGACUCUCUACAAUUAUGAAUACAUCUGUGAAGUUCAGCAUGAGGGCGGCAGCGUGACCAACCAAACACGGUUCCAAGAACUUCCAGAACCUCCAGCACCAACAAGGUCUGGAGCAGCAACAGAUCGGCCAGCAGCUCCUGCGCCGCCACCAGCAGCGUCUGUCCGUCCUCAGCUCCCAGUGAGGCUCCCAGUGAGGCUCCCAGUGUCCUUCCAGUCUCGCUGCAGGGUGAAGCUGCUCUGCCUGCUGUACUCAGUGCUGAUAGUGAAGAGCCUGGUGUACUGCAGUGGCCUCUCUGUGCUGAUGGUCCUCAGGAGCAAGGGCCCGGCCCCCAGCUGAACUGCUGCAGUUUAUCACAUUCAUCAGCUUUAAGAAACAUUGUUCAGGACAAACUGUGGAAUGUACUUUUGAUUUCAUUUUGCUGCAUUUUAUUAUCAUUUAAUUCUUUUUGCUUUUCACUUUUUACAGUGUUGUAGAUUCUACACAUUUAUUCAUUCUGUAUUUGAAUAAACUCAAACAUUUUUUGUCAUGUUUUUCACUUUUUAUAACUUUUAACUGACCUGAAUGUAAUGAAA